CUACAUUCCCGCCCUCACUAUGGUCAUGAGCUUUGGGUUUUGACCAAAAGAACAAGAUCCUGGGUACAAGCGGCCGAAAUUAGUUUCUUCCAUCAGGUGGCAGGGUUAUCCCUUAGAGAAAGGGUAAGAACCUCUGUCAUUCGUGGUGGUUCGAGCAUCUUGUCAUAAUGCCCCCCGAACGCUCUCUGGGAAGGUGUUUAGGGCACGGCUGACCGGUAAGAAACCACGGGAAGACCCAGGACACUGUGGACAGAUUAUGUCUCCCAGCUGGCCUGGGAAUACCUCGGGAUCUCCCAGGAACAACUGGAAAAAGUAGCUGGGGUGAGCCCAGCCCCUGAGCAAAUUCCUUUAACCCAAUGUGGCCCCUCAAUCAAAACGUUUGGGGACUCCUGCGUUAGGUAAUCUAAUUUUUCAAGCUUGCCUUAUAGAAAACGGUCAAAAGUGAGGUCCCACUUUUCAACAUUUGCUAGCUGGAUGCUAAUUAACAUUAGAUGUGCUAUAGACAUGAUGGUAAAAGUGAUGGACAAAUGCGCCCUCUGGUGAUGGAAAGAAGAGUGGGAGAGAUGGUCAGCCUGCCAAUUGGUGGAGUACUUAUGUUAUCAGCGUCUUUCUUCAUUCUCGAAGGAUACACAAGCCUCCAGCUAGGUGGCAGCAGCCCUCAACUUCAACAACAGACUAAGCAGCUGGACAAGAGCGAGGCGACGACGCUCAGCCUCCCCGCCACCAACAGCCAUGGCGGCUCUGACAGUAACAUCAGCGCAGAGGGCGCGGCGGGGUCAUCAUCGGGGGUCACAGCGGCAGGCGCGGAGGGCGGCAUGGGGGCCGGCGAGCCUCAUCGGACGCGGGCCGCCCUGGAGCACCUGCAGCAGAAGAUCCUGAAGGUGACCGAGCAGAUCCGCGUAGAACAGGAGGCCCGCGACGACAACGUGGCAGAGUACCUGAAGUUGGCCCACAACGCCGACAAGCAGCAGGCAUCUCGGAUCAAGCAGGUGUUUGAGAAGAAGAACCAAAAGUCGGCACAGACCAUCGCACACUUGCACAAAAAGUUGGAGCACUAUCACAAGAAGCUAAAGGAGAUAGAGCAGAAUGGACCCGCUCGCCAGCCAAAAGACGUCCUACGGGACAUGCAGCAAGGAUUGAAGGACGUGGGGGCCAAUGUCCGAGCAGGGAUAAGUGGCUUCGGCGGUGGCGUUGUGGAAGGGGUCAAAGGUGGCGUGUCAGCCCUCACUCACACUGCCGUGGUCUCUAAGCCGAGGGAGUUUGCCAGCCUCAUCAGGAACAAGUUUGGCAGCGCGGAUAACAUCGCUCACCUCAAGGACACGCUGGAGGACGGCGUCGGGUGCCAUGCAGACGACACCCCCACGCCCCGCGCCCUGAGUGGAAGCGCCACGCUGGUCUCCAGCCCGAAGUACGGCAGCGACGAUGAGUGCUCCAGCGCCACGUCCGGCUCAGCUGCGUGCAGCAACUCUGGCGGGGUGGGAGGAGGAGUAGGAGGAGUAGGAGUAGGAGUAGGAGUAGGAGGAUUAGGAGGAGUGUUAGUACCCACUAUGGGGAGUCCCAGGUUAGACGGGCACCAUCAUCAUCACCAUCAUGUGCACAGCUCGUGGGACUCUCUCCUUGAGGGCCUGCAGGAGAUCAAAGCUAGUCAGGCCCACAUGGAAGACACCAUCGAGGACAUGAAGGGCCAGCUGCAGAGCGACUACUCCUACAUGACACAGUGCCUGCAAGAGGAGAGAUACAGGUACGAACGACUAGAAGAACAGCUGAGCGACCUGACGGAGCUUCAUCAGAACGAGAUGAGCAACCUCAAACAGGAACUGGCCAGCAUGGAGGAGAAAGUGGCCUAUCAGUCCUAUGAGCGAGCACGAGACAUCCAGGAGGCAGUGGAGUCGUGCCUGACGCGCAUCACCAAGCUGGAGCUGCAGCAGCAACAGCAGCAGGUGGUCCAGCUGGAAGGCGUCGAGAACGCCAACGCUCGGGCGCUGCUGGGCAAGCUCAUCAACGUCAUCCUGGCGCUGAUGGCCGUGCUGCUGGUCUUCGUGUCCACGCUGGCCAACUUCAUCACCCCGCUGAUGAAGACCCGGGCCCGUGUGGCCGCCACCGUUCUGCUGACUGUGCUGCUCUUCGUUCUGUGGAAGCAUUGGGACUUUGUGGAGACAUGGCUGCUGCCACGCUGAGCACGGGUUCCAGCGGGAAAGGUCAAAUUUCAAACUGGAAGGCGGAAACGUGAACCGCUGCAGUGGUCUGCAAGGACAGGAUGAGGACUUCUCAUGAAUGUGAUGUGCUCUUCAUCAUGUGCAAUCAACUGACACUUCUGGAAGGAUAACAUGGAUUUUGGAGGAACUGCCAUUUAGGGACCUUCUCUGGCCACUUUAUUAGGUACACCUGUACAAUGUGUUGACGUCCAAUACAAAGAGUAAGGACAAAACAACUGCUCCGUUUUGAUGGACGCAUUUCACUGAUACAAAUCCUAUUUUAUAUUAAAAUAGUCAAUACAAUUAAAAAUAGACAUAAGUGAAUGCAAAAUACUGUAAUAAAAUACAUACGUUGAUUGUAGAUUAUUUCAUUUAUUUGUUUCAAAAUGUAAACAGCUUCCGCUGAUAAAAAUCCAAACAUGUUGUAAAAUAAAAUGAAAUGAAUUCAAAUAAAAAUCACUAUUUGUAAUAAGUAGUGGUACCUCAUGAUACAAGUGUGAUUGGUUCUUGAAAAAUUGUAUACAAGUCAAAAUAAAAUGUAUUUUAUUCUG